AUGGGGAUUUUGCAACACAAACCUAGAACUUUUGGGGGUCACGCAUCACAAGUUGCAGUCCGUAGUGUAGUGCAGGUUCGCAAGGCCAGCUGCAUCAUAAAUCCAUCUGCUCAUCCUGUUUACAGCAUUAGAAAUUCCAAAACACGACUAAAAAUGCCUCUCCUGGCGCUACGCAUUACAAAUGUUCCUGUCAUUGCAAAUCUGCAUGACAACUCUGGUGUGGGGACGUUUUUACUUAGGAUAUAUCCUAUUUCAAACUUAACGCACCACUGUACAAUGUUUUUUGGUAAAAGAUUUUCUAAAGCUCGUCGCCUUCUUCUAUGAAAAAGGGCAAAAAGCACGCUGCAGGUUUACUGGGAAGUCGCCAACGUGCAUACAGUAGCAGUCUCGUGCCAACAAGGUGGGUGCAGAAGCAAGUACCAUAAUCAAAGCAUACACGCGGCGGGUGCUGUCAUUGAUAUGCGUGAGUGUAGGAUCAGAUCGUGAAGCACUACCAGCACAGCAGAUCAUGCACCUAUACGCGAUGAGGAUGAUGAAGUAGAAGUCUGUCAUGUGGUGCUCAAGGAUAGCUCGUUGUAAGUAUUGUUGCUGCUGGUCAGCUUAAAAACAUCAUGGUCGCGAAAAUUGCUAUUGAGAUGAAGAUGAAUGCACGUUGGCGAAAUUUCCCACGACCUCCCACGGCCGCUCCAUACGACGACUAUUCCGAUUUCAAUUCUACGAACGUAAUUUAUCCAGAGGAAAAUAGGUAUUCGGCCCACCACAGCUGUUUUAACAAACUGCAAACUUCGCGACGAGUCCGCACGGCUUGCUAUGAACUUGCAGGAGAUCAUAUUUCGUGUUUGUUCUAUUGUAUGAGGUUCUUUUUGUCGAAGGGGUAUAGUUUUGUGUUUCAUGCAUAAUGUCAGCUGCGCCCCCAUGUCAGACGGGGCUAGGA